AUGGGGAGGCUUCCAGGGCGAAUCUUGAUACCUUUGCCUUCCUUGGCGAGAGAGACACUCGAUGUCGAUGUGACAGGAGAGUCUACUCUCGAUGUAUCGCCUGUGACAGGAGAGUUUACUCUUGAUGUGUCGCCUGUGGCCGUCGACGAGCUAGACGGCAAGGUGGCUUCCGAGCCCGGAAACUCUGACAUCUCAAUAUCUGCUGUCGAUCCUAUACAUGAGUGGAUCCAUUCUGGUUGCCAGAAAGGCCUCAAGCCUGCAACGGGACUGACAAGCUCACUGUCUCUCGUAUUAGAUCCCUUCCCGACGGCCAAAGGUGUAAAGCAUGAGCUUUUCGAGCCCAAAAUUUUGUCAUACUGA